AGAGAGAGAGAGAGAGAGGUGGAGAUGGGGACUGGGUUUGAUUUUUUGACGAGCACAAUGGUGUUCUUAACGACGCCGUGCUCUCUAGCGAAACUUUUGGUCAUCGUUGGAGUGCGCAUCAUGGCGGUGGUGGCGCUCACGUGGUUGCAGCUUCUGGGAUCGGUUAUCAACUUCCAUGUUGAUCUUUGUUGCCGUGUUAUUGCUUUGGGUGUUGCUGUGGUGACGCUUCCUUUCCGGAUCUUGACUACUUUGCAACGUGAGAGGGAAUUGGAGGUGCAAGUGAAUGACAUGAGAGUUCAGUUGGAGUGCCAUGUAUGGGAGAACAGGGGACUUGAAGAGAGAUUAGAGAGGGCUAUCAGAGAAAGAGAGCUUAUUGAGACCUUGUUUGAGGAGAUUGAAGAGGCUUAUGAGAAAGCUAUGGAUAGAAUUGAUGUUCUAGAGAAUCAGUUGCAAAGCUUGAAACAAGAGAACCUUCGUCUUUGUGAACUACAUGGAAAAGUUCUUUCAACUAAAAAAACAGAAGCUGAUAGUGAUGACAGUUUAAAUACAUGGAGCACUGGACUCAAUCAGAAGCAAAUGAUGCCCAAAGUACAUGGUGAUCCAUUGGGGAAUUUAAGUGCCAAAAUCAAACACAAAGAAGAUGACUUAAAUGUAGCUAAUCUAUGCCAAUUUCCUUCCCAACUAGUUUCAAGAAAUACAACCAUUGACCAUGUCCUGGAGCAGAGGAGGGUUGUGGCAAUUCAUCGAAGCCUCUUCAGCUCAUUGUUAUCACUUAUGGUUGGAAUAAUCAUAUGGAAAGCUGAAAAUCCAUGCAUGCCACUAGUGGCAGCACUCUUCACUGUGGUUGCUAUGUCUCUAAAAAGUGUGGUUCAGUUCUUCUCAACCAUAAGGAACAAGCCUGCUUCUGAUGCUGUUGCAUUACUAAGUAUCAACUUGUUCAUACUUGGCAUCCUCACCUCACCAUCACUACCUACUGUUGCUAAAGUUCUGACACCAAAGGCUAUCAAGCUUGUUGAUAUUAUGCUCAUCUGGUUUGGUUUUUCCUCUUAAUCCCUGUCAUCAGUUUAUUAACUGUAUCAUAAUCAAACAUUAGAUCAGCGAGGUUGAUGUCCAAAGUCUAUAUAUGUGUAUGGAUCUAGUUGUGAGUUUGGAUUUUCUAGUUAAUGCAAAAGCUUUACUAUUUACAUCUUUAAAUAUCUUCCCUGUUUAAUUACCCAACUUGCUGAAAACUGAAAAGAAAAAAAGCUCU